AGGCCGGUGUCGAGUUAUGGAGCAGAGAGAAGUAGGUGACAAUCUAACUGAUGCACCCUGUGGGGCUGAAGCUCGUGAGGGACACGCAGGACUGUGCGAGUCCCACUACAAGGAAUACCUGGUCAGUCGGAUUAACGGCCAUUCCCUCGACCCGGCUCAGCUGUUUGACGAGGAGGAGAUGCAGCUCCAGCUGGUGAGGAGUGGGAAGGUGGCACCACCCAAGGCAGUGGGAGAGGACGACGGGCAGUACAGGAACCGGCUGCUGCAGUUAAUCUGCAGCAUCCCCCUGGGAGAGAAAAUUCCCCGAGUCAGGAAGUGAGCAGAUUCCAGGCUUCGGAUUCCACUCCGGAACGAGGCCCGACCGAGAGAUUAACUCAUUAAAGUAACUCCACAAAAUG